ACUCAAAUUGUCUAGGACGUGAGCGGCUUAAUUGUCCAAAUCGCCAUAACCCUAUUGACAAGUACCAGGCCUGGUGGAUAGUAUGAGUCGCAAAGACGUCUUAAAUCUUGCCGAAGUGAUGCUUCGCAACGGUACUACAUACUUCGUGGCUUUACUCAUCCUACACUGUCUUCAUUUGACACUGUCCCUGUGUUCGAUCCACGUCGCUCUUCAAAGCCUGAGCUAUGGCUAUGUUACAAUUUUUACCGAGGUUGUCGAGGCGUCCCUUGUUUCCCGAUUCCUGCUCGACCUACAGGCCGCGCAUCGCCAAGCCUUAGACAUGGAGUUCGGAAGCGAACAGGCCGCCGGAAAUGACUUUGCCGAUACACUGGUUUUCGGGCGUGCAGUCGGGUCGAUGGAUUCGGUGAGAGCACAUAGCAUGGAUGGAGACCAGACGGUGGACCAACAAGUGCAUGAUGUCGAGGAGAGUCAUGACGCAUGGGAGGAGGACUGGGAAGCGAACUCAGACGCGGAGCGCGCAUGAUGGUUGCAGAGCGCUUCGGAAUCAGGAUAGGCUAGCGCUCGCUUGGACAUCGACUGGACAAGGCUCGGUAAUCCAUCAAACACAUCGAUCACGAUC